GCGGUUCUGAGCCGGCCUGGUGAACACUGCCAGCUCACGCCCACACAUGUCUCCCGGCUUCCUGGGUGCUUUAAGCCCAGGGAUGCGCUGAUUGGCCGAGCCCGUCACCCAGUGUGCGACGGCUCUGCAGGGACAAGGCCCGCGCCCUGGGAGCCCGGGUCUGCCGGCCUUCUCGCCGCGAUCGCCUGGUCACUGCUGCCCAGUCAAGAUGGGGUUUGUAUUUUCAAAAUCUAUGAAUGAAAACAUGAAAAAUCAACAGGAGUUCAUGCUCAUGAAUUCUCGGCUUCAGCUGGAAAGGCAGCUAAUGUUACAGAAUGAAAUGAGGGAGAGACAAAUGGCCAUGCAGAUUGCUUGGUCUCGGGAGUUCCUCAAGUAUUAUGGAACUUUUUUUGGCCUUACAACCAUCUCACUAACAGCUGGAGCAAUAAAACGAAAGAAGCCAGCCCUUCUCGUCCCUAUUGUUCCAUUAAGCUUUAUCUUUGCCUACCAGUGUGACUUGGGGUAUGGGACCCUUCUACAAAGAAUGAAAGGUGAAGCAGAGGACAUACUGGAAACAGACAAGAGCAAAUUGCAACUGCCAGGAGGAAUGAUUACUUUCGAAAGCCUUGAAAAAGCCAGAAAGGAACAGAGUCAAUUCUUCAUAGACAAAUGAAAUCGUAUCGACCGACUGAAUCUUAGGACACAGAAUUGGUGGCUUGACUCGUGUUGCUUUUUUUUUUUUAACAAUUUUUUAGAUGCUCAAGAUUUUGAUAAAUGAACUUAAUUUUAAAAUAUUAAAAUGUAAGAUGAGUUUUGUUUUACUAUCUUGAAAUAAAAUGUGUAACAAACAGCACAAAUUACAGAGGUACAUUAAGCUACUCUUGAAUUUACUGUGUAUGUGUGUUUUACAGAUAUCUAAACCGGAAAAAUUAAUAAAUCAUGUUGUUUUUAA